AUGGCUACAUCAUCCGGUAAAAUUGAUAAAACUUAUUGGACACAUAGUAAUUAUAAUGGACAAGUUCGAAGUGAAAGACUUGAAGGAAAUGCAACAUUCACAUUUCCAUCUGGUACUACUUAUGUAGGUGAAUUCAAAGAUGGUGAAUUCAAUGGACAUGGUAUUCUUCAUUAUGCUAAUGGUGCGAAAUAUGAAGCUAUUUGGGAGAAAGGUGUUGCAAAAGAGGGUCAAUAUACAUUUCCUGAUGGUUUAACAUAUGAUGCUGAAGAUUGGAAAUAUUGUGAUGGUUAUGAUCGACGAUUUUUUACUGAAACUCUUCAUGGUUUAAAACCAGCUGGACGAUCACAACUAAAAGAUAAAGAACCACGUCAACAGAUUCCAGAAGAUUGUUAUGAUGUUGGUGAUGGAAUCUAUAAUCCAACAUCUCGUGUUGUUACGGACUAUAAUGGAGAAUUCGUUAGAAAUGCUGAUGAUGAUGAACAUCAAUGGAUUGUUCGUACAUGUCGAAAAGGAUGGGAUGUACAUGUAGGUGGACAAAAUCCAAGACUUAAACCGGAUAUGACAAAACUUAAAAAUUAA